AUGUAUCUAUCAAUUUUAUUAGGAGUUGUUUGUAAUCGAGAUGUGGCAAAACAAUAUAAUUAUACUCCAGACGAUUUUAUCAACAAACCAAAAGAAGAUUUCAAAGAUUUUACCACAAAAAAUAUUUUUAGAAUUAUUGAUGAAACAUAUGCAUACAUCUCUUGUGAAGGUGAUUGUCCAUUCACAACACAUAACAUCACUUUAUGUUUUAAAUUUAAAAACAAAAUAGAUGUUUGCUUGUUAAACAGAAAUGUUGAUGAUGAACAUAAUUUUUUCAAUAUUGAAAAAUUUGUAUUGAUUAUCACAGCAAGUUACACUAAUUGGGCAAUGAAUUUAAAACAUUCUAAUGAUACAAAUUAUUUUAAUUUCAGUGAACGAAGAGACUUGUUAAAUGGAAAUAUUAGACAACAAGAUCUAAAUAGAAUAAUCGCAGCUCUUAAUGCACCCCAAGCUUUAAAUCAACCAAUAGAUUAA